AAGAGAAGAAAAUAUUUGCGCAAUUAAGUCGUCGGACAGUUGGAGGAUGGCUGGCUAAGCUAAGCUAAUCUAAUCCGAUUGUUGUCGUCAGGAAUGUAAAGAGGAGCAGUGAAAACAUGGGUUGAAAGCGUUUUUUAAUUUUGCGGAUUGACUAUUUUGAGGCAACAGCUCAUGAGAAAAUGAGGCGCGCAGAUCUGGCGAAACCGGAGCUAAAUCUGUAGAAACGAGUUCAAAUGCCGCGGAUUUGGUGGAGGUUAUGAAAGUGUAAGCGCCGCUCCCAAAUGCCAAAUCUUUUGAGUUUUAAAUGCUCGACAUUUGGAUCCCAAAGACUUCUUCCUUCGACUUGACGACAGCCUGGUAGUACGGGUUCAGCUGAGCUGGCAGAAUUGCAUGUGAGCAGUUCACGAUUUAGCUGUCAGCUCAGCAGCCCGGGUAUUUUCGUUUUCAUUUUACCGGGGGAUCAAACAAAGGUUGUGUUAUUCUUUGCUUAUAUUGAAGGUAAAUGUGGAAGCCGCGAUCUGGUUAAGUUUAGUAAUGCGAGUGAGAUUGGGAGUGGGAGUAGGAGUGGAGCUCGUUUUGUUCAGCUUCAGCCGGACAUUUGUUUGUGCAGGAAACAGGAGUGCGCUGAGCUGUUUGUAAUUGUUAUUUGUUGAAGGAAGCCCUGUGAAAUGGCACAGGGCUCUUUCCAGCGCUUGUUUCUGGUUGCGGCCAUUUUGGCGGCGAUCAUUGGGGGAUUGCAGGGGACUACUGAUCAGCAAGACGUUAGUGCACUUCAAGGCAUCUAUACCAAUCUAGGUUCUCCACAGCAACUUAACGGAUGGAGUGCAAAUGGAGCUGAUCCAUGUGGCCAGUCUUGGAAAGGGGUUUCCUGCUCUGGAUCUUCUGUGACUUCAAUAAAUUUGUCUGGCUUAGGAUUGACAGGAAUAUUAUAUUACCAGCUUUCAAGCCUUUCAUCAUUGACAACUUUGGAUUUGAGCAACAACAACAUUCAUGGCAACAUCCCUUAUUCAAUUCCGCCGAAACUUCAGAAUCUAAACCUUGCUAACAAUAAUCUUGAUGGUAAUAUACCUUAUUCCGUUUCAGGCUUGACUGCACUGAAUUCUAUGGAUUUGAGUCACAAUCACCUUUCAGGUCAGAUUGUAGAUGCAUUUCAACAGCUUUCAAGUCUCUCAACCCUGGAUUUAUCUUUCAACAAUCUGAGUGACAAUCUACCACAGAGUUUCAGUGCAUUGUCAAAUCUUAAUUCUCUUCAGCUGCAAAAUAAUCAGCUUACGGGGACUGUUAAUGUACUUGCCAAUCUUCAACUUGGGGAUUUGAACAUUGAAAAUAACCAUUUUAGUGGCUGGACUCCUAACCAGUGGAAGUCCAAACAAAAUUUUCAAUAUGGUGGCAACAAUUUCUCUGUAGGUCCUGCUCCUCCCCCUCCACCAUAUACUCCACCCCCUAGCAGGCAAUCAAACAGGUCACCUACCAAAGGUUCAUCAGAUACAUCAGGCAAUCAAGGCAGCGAUAAGAAAUCUCCAAGUGGUGGGGAAAUUGUGGGUAUAGUGAUAGGAGUUUUGAUUGCUGUUGGUGCUGUACUUGGAAUUAUUGUUUUUGCACGGAAGAAGUCUAAAAAAUCACAUGAUGAAGAAAAACUACACAUUGAUUCAUCUUUCAGCCCACUUGAACCGCUCACCCCUAAAGUUUCUGCGGCACCAAAAGAGAACCCUGAGCAAAAACUCAGGCCAUCACCCCCACCACCUGAAAUUAUUCUGAAGCCUCCUCCCUCAGAUCGUAAUAAGUCAUCUACUGACAAAGGUUUUGGAAGCAUUUUUGCUAGCAAGAAGACAAAAAACCCAAUUACAGCAACAGAGUACUCUAUUGCGGACCUCCAGAUGGCAACAGGGAGUUUCAGUCAAGAAAAUCUUAUUGGUGAGGGUUCUCUUGGACGCGUUUACAGAGCAGAAUUUCCCAAUGGAAAGGUUUUGGCAGUGAAAAAAAUGGACACUUCAGCUCUCUCCUUACAAAAGCCUGAAGACUUUCUGGAAGCAGUUUCUAUCAUGUCACGCUUACAUCAUUCAAACAUCACCGAACUUGAGGGCUAUUGCACAGAGCACGGCCAUUACCUUCUUGUCUAUCCAUAUUUUGCCAGUGGAUCAUUAUAUGACAUAUUACACAUGACAGAUGAGACCACAAAACAUUUGACAUGGAAUAUUCGUGUAAAGAUUGCACUGGGGAUAGCAAGGGCCUUAGAGUAUUUGCAUGAAAUUUGCUCUCCAUCCAUUGUGCAUAGGAAUUUCAAGUCUGCUAACAUUUUGCUUGACGAUGACCUAAAUCCUCAUCUCUCUGACUGUGGUGUAGCUGCUCUUAAUCCAAGUUCUGACCGUCAGGUUUCAACUCAGAUGCUCAGUUCCUUUGGGUACAGUGCUCCCGAGUAUGCCAUGUCAGGAGUCUAUACUGUGAAGAGUGAUGUUUACAGUUUUGGGGUGGUUAUGCUAGAGCUUUUGACAGGCCGGAAGCCUCUGGAUAGCUCAAGAACGAGGUCAGAACAGUCAUUGGUGAGAUGGGCUACCCCUCAGCUUCAUGAUAUUGAUGCCUUGUCAAAGAUGGUUGAUCCAGCAAUGAAGGGACUUUACCCUGCCAAAUCCCUGUCACGUUUUGCUGAUAUUGUUGCUCUCUGUUGUCAGCCUGAACCAGAAUUCCGGCCUCCAAUGUCUGAAGUUGUGCAAUCAUUGGUGCGAUUGAUGCAACGGGCUAGCCUUAACAAGAGAAUGAUGGGAGACGACCUGGGAGGUUCUCAUACGGAUUCUUUGGAUUCUUAGAUGCAAAGAUGCUGCAUGUUUGUACUUGAAAAGACUUUAAACCUUUGUUAUUACCAGCUGAAAAAAGGGUGGACUGAAGGCUUUAUAGGGCUUUAAGGAAGAUUCUGCCAUUCAGCCAAGCUGUAAGAGUUGUUAGCAUCCCUUUUUAAUGUUAUCCUAAUUAUGGUAUGUAUUUUAUUCAUAUAUUAUGUUAAAUAAGUUUUGCCAUACUGAACAUAUCAAUUGAAAUGUGGUAACAUUCUGAUAUGUACAAGUCCAUGCCAUUUAGUUGCAAAUGUUAUGUUCAGCUUCACAGAAACAUUUUUUUGUAUUUUCAUUGGAUUUGAAAUUGAAUGGAAGUCCUUCCUUUUUCUUCAA